CAGGAGCCAAGGGCGCCGGGGCGCGGGGCUCUGCGCCUUCUGCUGGGGCCGCAAGCAGGGGUCGAGGGGCAGCCACGAUGUUCAGCUGGCUGGGCUCCGACGACCGCCGGAGAAAGGACCCCGAAGUCUUCCAGACGGUGAGCGAGGGGCUCAAGAAACUCUACAAGACCAAGCUGCUGCCUCUGGAAGAGCAUUACCGCUUCCACGAGUUUCACUCGCCGGCCCUGGAGGAUGCUGAUUUCGAUAACAAGCCCAUGGUCUUGCUGGUGGGCCAGUACUCCACUGGGAAGACCACUUUCAUCAGGUACCUACUGGAACAGGAUUUUCCAGGCAUGAGGAUUGGGCCCGAGCCCACCACCGACUCCUUCAUUGCCGUGAUGCAGGGUGAGGUGGAGGGGAUCAUCCCCGGGAACGCUCUGGUGGUGGACCCCAAGAAACCCUUCCGGAAGCUCAACGCCUUUGGCAACGCCUUCUUGAACAGGUUCGUGUGUGCCCAGCUGCCCAACCCCGUGCUGGAGAGCAUCAGCAUCAUUGACACACCAGGGAUCCUCUCCGGGGAAAAGCAAAGGAUCAGCCGAGGGUACGACUUUGCCGCUGUCCUUGAGUGGUUCGCGGAGCGGGUUGACCGCAUCAUCCUGCUCUUUGACGCCCACAAGCUGGACAUCUCCGAUGAGUUCUCGGAAGUCAUCAAGGCCCUCAAGAACCACGAGGACAAGAUGCGGGUGGUGCUGAACAAGGCCGACCAGAUCGAGACCCAGCAGCUGAUGCGGGUGUACGGGGCUCUCAUGUGGUCCCUGGGGAAGAUCGUGAACACCCCGGAGGUGAUCCGGGUCUACAUCGGCUCCUUCUGGUCCCACCCCCUGCUCAUCCCCGACAACCGGAAGCUCUUUGAGGCUGAGGAGCAGGACCUGUUCAAGGACAUCCAGAGUCUGCCACGAAAUGCUGCCCUGCGCAAGCUCAAUGACCUCAUCAAGAGAGCCAGGCUGGCCAAGGUCCAUGCCUACAUCAUCAGCUCUCUGAAAAAGGAGAUGCCCUCGGUGUUUGGGAAGGACAACAAGAAGAAGGAGCUGGUGAACAACCUGGCCGAGAUUUAUGGCCGGAUAGAGCGGGAGCACCAGAUCUCGCCUGGCGACUUUCCCAACCUGAAGAGGAUGCAGGACCAGCUGCAGGCCCAGGACUUUAGCAAGUUCCAGCCCCUGAAGAGCAAGCUGCUGGAGGUGGUGGACGACAUGCUGGCCCACGACAUCGCCCAGCUCAUGGUGCUGGUGCGCCAGGAGGAGUCGCAGCGGCCCAUCCAGAUGGUGAAGGGCGGAGCGUUCGAGGGCACCCUGCAUGGCCCCUUCGGGCAUGGCUACGGGGAGGGGGCCGGGGAGGGCAUCGACGACGCCGAGUGGGUCGUGGCCAGGGACAAGCCCAUGUACGACGAGAUCUUCUACACCCUGUCACCGGUGGACGGCAAGAUCACGGGUGCCAAUGCCAAGAAGGAGAUGGUGCGCUCCAAGCUGCCCAACAGUGUGCUGGGCAAGAUCUGGAAGCUGGCCGACAUCGACAAGGAUGGCAUGUUGGAUGACGAGGAGUUUGCACUGGCCAACCACCUCAUCAAGGUCAAGCUGGAGGGGCACGAGCUGCCCAAUGAGCUGCCUGCCCACCUCCUGCCCCCAUCCAAGAGGAAAGUUGCUGAGUGAUGGGAGCAGGGGGUUCAGAGCAGGCAGGUGUUUCAGGAGAUGGGAGAGGCGAUUAAACACACACACACACACACACACACACACACACACACACACACACGGGCAUAGA